AAGGUGUUGACGUCACCUCUUUCCAGUAGAAACUUACACUCUGUCUCCCUCGGCCUGAAAGCAUGCAGACUUGACUCAGGAAUUUGCUGUCCAAACAGGAUGCUCUGGAAGCUGUGCUUUUUUUUUCCCAGGGGGCUGGACUUCAGUGCUUUAUAAAGGGCUGGCCGGAGAAAGGACCUACAGCCUCUUGCAAAGGAAUCUCACUUGGGGCUUGACUGCCUGAGCUGCUAGUCUUCUCACUGUAAGAAAGCAAGAUGCACUUUAGAAACUUUAACUACAGUUUUAGCUCCCUGAUUGCCUGUGUGGCAAACAGUGAUCUCUUCAGCGAAAGUGAAACCAGGGCCAAAUUUGAAUCCCUCUUUAGGACAUAUGACAAGGAUAUCACCUUUCAGUAUUUUAAGAGCUUCAAACGAGUCCGAAUAAACUUCAGCAACCCCUUAUCUGCAGCAGAUGCCAGGCUCCAACUGCAUAAGACUGAAUUUCUCGGAAAGGAAAUGAAAUUAUAUUUUGCCCAGACUUUACACAUAGGAAGUUCCCACCUGGCUCCCCCAAAUCCAGACAAGCAGUUUCUGAUCUCUCCUCCCGCCUCGCCGCCGGUUGGUUGGAAACAAGUGGAAGAUGCUACUCCGGUCAUAAAUUACGAUCUGUUAUACGCUAUCUCCAAGCUGGGGCCAGGUAAGCUGUGCUCUGGGGUGGGAGCAGGAAAAGAGAUGGGGAGAAAUUGUGCUCGGGGGCCAAGACCAAGAUGCGCACCUGCCUCAGGGAGCGGCCAGAGCCUUGUGGCCCCUUUCGGCUGUCCUUCAAUGGGUGCGAGCAGGUUCUGUGAAUUGUUCCUAUCUGUGUUCAUCUGUGUCUGUAACUCAAGUUGUUGGGAGCAUACACGCCUGCCUCUGGCCUUAGCCAGUCAUGGGGACCAAGCACCAUGACCCCUCACGGCCGGCAUCUUGCGAAUCCUUCCCGUCACUGAGCGCAGCCUGUGUGGGCAGCUCCAGACCCAGGCCCCAGUCCUGUCACCCCGGGAUGAGUGACUGGACUUGGAAAGGGAAAACGGACCAUCCCACACUUGAGAAACUUCAUUUUUAGUCAAGGUGGUUUCAUCCAUUGAUCUGAUUCUCACUUGCCCUUUUGAAUGUUCAAGAGAACCACAGAGUAUAGUGAAGAAAGAGCCCCUGUCAUUCAUGCCCCCUCUUGGCCCCAUUGGGGUGCUCACACCUUUUCAAAUGCAGAGAAAGAAGAGGUUCCGGUCCUCUGAUGCGAGGAAGGUGUGAGUAUGCAGAGAGGUAACAGAUACUCUGGCCUCGGUCUUCUUCUCCAUACAAUGGGUAUUACCCAGUGGAGUUAUGAGCAGUAGAGGAGAUUGUCUAGAAAGCACCUGAGAAGUGCCUGGCCCACAGGCAUUGCCCAAUACAAGAUUUCUGGAAACAAUAAAAUGUUGGUGGUUCCUGUCCUACCUGCUAGGGUUUGAGUGAGAGGCAUGAAGUGGUUUGAGCCCACCCUCCUUACUUAUCCAAAGAGCAACCAUAAUAAAUGCUGAGACUCUCAGCUCCUCAUUUCUCCUUGCCCAGCAAUCUGAUGAUGUUCCUUUGGCUGGAGUGUUUUAUUUCUUGGACCCUCAGCAGUUUCAUGUUGAAAAGAUUAUAUUUCUGAACACACCGCCCCAGUGGAAAUUCCCUCUGAGGGAGAGAGCAAGAAUCACAUUACUUACUGGUAAUGGUGGCGUGAAGGUCAAGAUGGCCAGUCUGAGGAAGCGGGUGCCCCUCCCCACAGCUCCUGGCUCAGGUGCAUCAGCAGAGCUGAGGAGUGGAGUCUGCGGGGAUGCUAGAGAAGAGAAGAAAUGGGACCUCCAUCAGGGAGAGGUGACAAACUGCUCUAGAGGCAAGAAGUCCAGCUAAAGACAAUUCAUCACACUCCAGAAUCUACCACGCCUUUACAGAAGGCUGAUCUGAGAAGCCUUUUCAGAAACUAGACAUAAUAAAAUCCAUUCACCCUUA